UCUUCAAGGUAGUCAUAGUUAUUAGAGAGUGAUUUUUUAUUCACAACAGUCUCCUUCCCUUGGCUCUUAGGUAUUGUCUUGGUAAGAGCAAUGGGGUGCGGAAGGUGGAGUUACAUACAUGUCCAGAAUUUAGUGACCAGUAAUCAAGUGCAAGGUGGUUUUGGAGAGACUCUUUGUCUGAACAACUAUUAACAGUGACCAUUAAUGGAGGAGAAAGGAAAGGUGAAGAUACAGAUUGGGCAGAGAAUGGCAGAAGGAAUAUUUCCUGAUAUCUGGGUGGUUGCCAUCUGAUGAGAUACAGACGUGCUACAAUGCUAAUAUGAAACAAACAGAAGUAAGGCAGACAGAUAAAGAUGUAUACUCUAAUCUAACCUUGGUGAGUUAGAUACCCGGGUUGGAGGUUGUGGGGAAGAGCAACAUGAAAAGUAUUAAAAGAAAGUCUCCAGAUACUGUCUUUAAAUAUAUGUGUGUGUAUAUAUAUAUAUAUAUAUUUUUUUUUUUUUCUGAAGGGGCAGAGUAGAGAAUCGUUGAAAAAGAGGUACGAGUUUUAAGGAUAAACACAGAGGAACAGGAAGUGGGGAGGAGAAGGGCUCAGAAAUUAAAGAAGUGGACCUCCAGAAAAUAUUUUUAAGAUAAUUUAAUCUGUGUGUUGCUUUGUGGUUUCUUGGUAUCAGUUGGAGAUGUUUGUAAAAAUGUCAUUUGCACGUGCAAAAGCAAAUGUUUCAGAGGUCUCUGGCAUAGAAACACAAUGUGAAAGAUAUUCCUACUGGCCUGUUUAGGAUCCCAGAGUCAGCUUAAGUAACCAAUCAUAGAAGGAAGUGAAGUGAUUUUAAAUGGGUAACCAGGAUUUCAGUUCCAAUUGUUUCUUUGUCCCCUUUCCUCCCUUUGUAGGUGACACGGCUGAUGAUCAGUGAGAAUCAGACGAUGAUGACUGAGUUCUUCUUCUCUAUGUUCCCAGAUCUGUAUGAAGGUGGCCUUUUAUUCUUUAUUCCCUUGCUUUUCACCUAUGGAUUUAUCAUAACUGGGAACCUAAUGAUAUUCAUUGUCAUCCAGCUAGACGUGGCACUUCAUACCCCAAUGUACUUCUUCAUCAGUGUCCUCUCCUUCCUGGAGAUCUGGUAUACCACAACCACCAUCCCGAAGAUGCUCUCCAACCUAGUCAGUGAGCAGAAGAGCAUCUCUUGGGCUGGCUGCCUCCUGCAGAUGUACUUCUUCCACUCGCUUGGCAUCACAGAAGGCUGUGUCCUGACAGCAAUGGCCAUUGACAGGUACAUAGCUAUCUGCAGUCCUCUCCGUUACCCAACCAUCAUGACUCCCAAAUUGUGUAUUCAGCUGACAGCUGGCUGCUGCCUCUGUGGCUUCCUCCUUGUGCUCCCUGAAACCGCAUGGAUCGCGACCUUGCCUUUCUGUGGCUCCCACCAGAUCCAGCAGAUCUUCUGUGACUUCACGCCUGUGCUAAGGUUGGCCUGCACAGAUACAUCGCUGGUGGUCAUUAUGGAUGCCAUUCAUGCAGUGGAGAUCCUGGCCUCCUUCUUGGUCAUCACCCUAUCUUACAUUCGGAUCAUCGUGCUAAUCCUGGGGAUGCCCUCAGCGGAGGGCCGUCACAAGGCCUUUUCCACCUGUGCUGCCCACCUUGUUGUGUUCCUGCUGUUUUUUGGCAGUGUAGCUGUCAUGUAUUUGCGAUUCUCAGCCACCUACUCAGUGUUCUGGGACACAGCAAUUGCUGUCACUUUUGUUGUCCUCGCUCCCUUCCUCAACCCCCUCAUCUAUAGCCUCAGAAACAAGGACAUGAAAGAUGCCAUUGGGAGACUUUUCUACUCCCAGAAGAGGGUUGGUGGAGCUCGGAGACACAUCUAGAUCCAGGAGACACUGAAAAGCCUCUUGGAAGUUCAAAUUUUUGCUGUUCAUUAUCUAGUCUAUGAUUGUGCUCUUUUUUUCUAUUGCCAUAGCCACUUAUUCUAUUAUCAUUAGCAAGAAUGAAAAACAGCUGUGUUCAGGUCAUUGGUAGCAAAUA